CAAGUCCUAGUGCGGUUGCAUCGCAGCGCAUACACAAUGGCUGCUCGAAAGAAGGGAAAGCAAACAAUUUUCAGGCCCGCCGCGUCCAGCAAAAAAUAUGAGAAAAAAAUUAUUAAAAAUUCGGAAAAUAGUUGAAAGUCAAGAAAAACUCAACAGAAAGGAUGCUAAAGCGUCCGGGGGCCCAGAGUCCGGCCUGUGUUGAGCACAUAAAACUGGAUAGAAUAAUUGCAUCAGUACUAGUUGGCCACUGCUCCCCUGUCCAUGUAGCUGGUCUGCCUUAAAGUGCCAUGGCCACGGGAACCCAGGGCCACCGUGACCACAUCCUGGAGAAAGCCAAGCUUGUGCCGCCUAUGGGGAGGCGCAGGAGAGCAGAGGGGAAGCCGAAGAAAAAUUUCCCCUGCCAGGAGUGUCAGAAAGCUUUCAACAGUCUGGAGAAGUUGAAGGUCCACUCAUACUCUCACACAGGAGAAAGACCCUACUGCUGCUCCCACCCUGACUGCACCAAGGCUUUCGUCUCCAAAUACAAGCUGCUACGGCAUAUGGCAACUCACUCGCCAGAAAAAAACCACAAGUGUUCAUACUGUGAGAAAAUGUUCCACCGCAAGGAUCACUUAAAGAAUCACCUACACACUCACGACCCGUACAAAGAGGCGUUCACCUGUCAAGAGUGUGGCAAGAGCUACAACACCAAGCUGGGCUUCAAACGCCACCUCGCCCUCCACGCCGCCAACAGCGGAGACCUCACCUGCCAAGUGUGCCUGCAGCCGUUUCCCAGCACAGGGGUUCUACUGGAACACCUCAAAACACACGCUGGUAAGUCCUCUGGCGGGACCAAAGAGAAAAAGCAUCGCUGUGAGCAUUGUGAGCGGCGAUUUUACACCCGUAAAGACGUGCGACGCCACAUGGUGGUGCACACCGGACGCAAAGACUUCCUUUGCCAGUACUGUGCCCAGCGCUUCGGUAGGAAGGAUCAUCUGACGCGUCACGUGAAAAAGAGCCACGCCCGGGAGCUGCUGAGGGUAAAAACUGAGCCAGCUGAUUCGCUGGAGCCAGUCGUCUACGACUUGGCGCCUGGGGGCAUCAAGGGUGAGCUUCCAGGAAUGCUGACACCGAGGCCGCACCAGCUCAACAUGUACACAGACCCCGUCGUGGACACAGAGCCCUUCCCCAACCCGACACACCCCUUUUCUUUAAAGUACCCGCUGGGCUCCAACUUUACCUCAUACACCUUCUCCUCACAGGAGCGGGAGCAGAAUCUAAAGGGAGAACUGGAGACCUACCUGAUGGAGCUGCAGAGCAGCAUACCCUCCUCAUCCUCUGCAGCCCAAGAACCCCAACUCUCCUCCUCCAAACUUGAGUUGGACACUCAAGUGGGCGUGCUGGAGGAAACGAGCCAGGAGGUGUCCCUGUCCAAAAUGUCCACACCAGUGGCAGCAGCUUCCACAGGCGACUCUCUGGCUUCAUCUUCCUCUCUGAUGGACUUCUCACAGCUUUUCAACUUCCUGCCACUCAAUGGGCCUCCAUACAACCAGGCAGGCAGCAGCGGGGGGCAGGGUGUCGCCUAUCCACCCAAUGAAGAGCCAACACCUCUCGUCCAGCUGCCCACUCAUCCUCCCGAUGGCCCAGAGUCUGCAGAGAAUCCGCUUCAAGGGCUCCCCUCCUCUUUCAUAUCCAACCUGAGCGCACCCACCACACUGCCCCGCUUCCACCAAGCUUUUCAGUGAUCCAGUAUGUACUGCACAUGGCACACAUGCACUCAAACACACACACACACAAACACACACACACAUCAGGCUACACAUCCACACCAGUAAACACCCAAACAAGAUGCCAGUAACACACGUUUAAAGAUGUUAGCACCUCUGUCCAUUUAAUAUGACAACACGAGCAGUAACACACAGCAGAUGCAUGGUGAUCAGCACUGACAGCAGCAAACACACACACACACACACACACACACACACACACACACAUUCACCACCACAAAUCCCUAAUCACGUGUUUACAUAAUGGCGGAAAAAUUAUCCUUUUGUUCUGGCUGUUUAUGCAAAUACAGGUUCCAAAUUCUGGCUUUAGUUUUGAAGUGAACAUGAGUAAACACACAUUUAAUGACAGCAGAGUUCAGCCAUGAUGUGUGCUCACUGUGCACUGCACCACUAACAUGUCAAUCAUACAUUCAUAAAGCAAAAACUGUUUUUCUGCAAUUAUGUGGACAUGGCUUCAUCACAAACAGUCUGAGCUGAGUCAGUCUAAACAUGAAUUAGUCACAUACAUGGCUGAUAACAGUCAUUUGAUUGCAGUGACAUUUGUUUCCUUACAUAACCCCUCCUCCAUGCUUUAGGAUAGAUCUACAGUAGUAUGCAGAUUUUGCAAUGUAUAUAAUUUGUUUUUGUUUUUGUUUAUUUGCAGCACUUUGAACUUUGUGAUGUCGUCUGUCAUCACAGUUGUUUUGUGUCUUUCUUAUUUGUCGUAGGGACCAAUCUGUAGUUUUGGGAUGUUUUUGUCCAUUUACAUCUAUUUCAUCCAUCGUGUACUAUAAAUGACUGCCAACCAUUCUCCAAACCACACUUGAUUUUGGUUGAUUUUUAGUUUUUGCAAUGUUCCCGGAAACUAUUGAGCUUCAUUAGUUUAUAAUCUGGAUGGAAAUCCACUUGCAUGCGUCGGGUAAUCCAUGACAGCGAUUAUGUCUCCUAGUGUUUUCUGUGCACUUAAAACUGCACCUUGUCAGCAGUAAAAGCAGACCUAAUGUUCCCUGUGCUGGAUUACGCAACCCAGUUGCAAGUUUAUUUACAAAAUUUAGUGAAAUUAUUAGAAACCAUCAGCUUCCUGGAAGAAACAUCUCAAAUGCUAUAAAGGAUGUAGCAUAAAGUGUGUGUGAUUAGUAGUAAAUAGUCUAAAACAUGCAAAAACAUCAGCCUGGUCCUUUUGAUCAAUCCAUAAAGCGGAAGUUUAUUCACAUUGUUAUAGACAAGGUACUGAGUAGGAACUACUGAGCAACAGUGUUACAGUUUUACAUUUCAUUUUGGUAGUUAGUGGCUUCUCUGGUCACGUUUUCUCUUAAAACACCCUCCUCUCUCCACCACACAGUAUCCCCAGUUCAUUUAGGAUCAACCAUGUAUCUGAAUCACACACACACACACACACACACACACACACACACACACACUCACACUCACUCAUUCACUGGCGUACUCUAGACACACCGUGUCUUGGUUUCAAACAUGGCUGCGGAGCUGUUCCACUCUCCUGUUGUUAGUGCCAUUGUGCCUUAAACAAUUUUUAUCAAAGACCACAAAGCAAGCACUCCUUCAACAGUGAAGGAAGUUAUUCCUGCAAAAAUGCAUCAUUACACACAUGAAGUAUCUCUUGUAUUUCUUUCCUGUCUGUAGUCAAGUGCCUGUGCCUUUUGUCACUCAGACUUCUGAGAAGUGUAGUUAGAUUGUCUUGUUUGUGACUUUUGGACUGAAACUAAACUUUUUAGUUGUCGAUCAGACGUGAAAGUGUUGAGUGUUUAUAUGUUGUACCUAAUCCUAUUGAACUAGGUACGUAUCAUUAAAGGUCAUUGUGAGGGUGGGUUGCUGAAGUGAACCAUAAAAACACAAAUUGGAGACUACAGUAAACAUUGUCAGUAUUUGAGCCUCAGUAUGACCGACCCCAUCUUAACAGUGAAAUGAAUCUUUCAGUUUACCAAAUGUUCCAGCCACUUUCUAUAUAGAACAUUUAUAAAAUAAAUGAGUUCAGUUUUUCGCAUACAACGUAGAACAAUGUGGAUCUCCUCUAAUAUAUGAAAUUAUCAACGGUAUCCAAAACUUGCCAAAUCGUGCUGGUGUUUUGGUCGUUUAGCCAAAAGAAUGGGAUGUGAAGCAAAUAUUCACAGGAGGGAAUCCUUUAUGAGUGACUGUGCCACACUUUGGUUGUCAUUUCAUUUUUAAAGCCCGACUCUAAAUGUUAACAGUUAACAUGCAGGUCUCCUCUCAGACAUAAUGCAGAUGGAUUGUAAGCUCCAAAAUACUUCAGUUCAGAAUCAGUUCAUCAGUGUGAUGGUGAAAAUAAAAGUCCACAGCCAUGUGCUCUGACUUCCGCAGGCACCACUUCACUUCACAUUCAGCUUAAAGUGGAAGUCACCUUUUUAAAGCAUGUUUUAGUCUUGUAGGCCGUGAAGCCUGUGAACAUGAACUCUCUGAAAGCUAAAAACACGAUGGAGACACAACAACUGAAAUAGUAUGAAGGAAAUAGUUGUUUGCAUUCUGGUUUUCAUGUGAAUGAAAUUCAGUGUAAUUAAUUAUGACAAUGGAAACAGUAUCUAAAUAUUCCAAUAACACUCAAAGGUAAAUAAGAUAUAAAAAAAAACCCAUCAAAUCUGCAGUGCUCAAUUGGUCAUUUAAGACCAAUUUAAGUGUUCAUAUGCAGGCUAACAGGGCUGACUCUGAUGUAUACAAUCAAAGUUUAAUGGAGGACUUCCCUUCCUGUUUCUAUGUUCAGCUUACUGUGGUCUCUAGCUUUAGGGAAGAGUUGUUUCCCUAAAAUGACAUGUUUGCUACUACAAAUGGUUAUAAAGGACUAUAGUGGUGCUUACAGGGGUAAAUGUUUAGGAUUUUAUGCAUAUGAAGCAGAGCAAAGAGCUGGGAUUCACAGCUAACCCUGGAUUAAAGAACAUGUUCAUCGAGUAGACCAAAGCAUUAGUCCGGUUUAUUCUGAACAGAACUAUCAAAUGCAGUCAGAUGUGUCGGGAGAAUGUUUCAGUUGUUUUGGGACAGUGAAGAGUAGUUAUCAAGACUUCUGCCUCAGUUCAAUACAGUGAAGGUGAAAGGGCACUAAUAGUUCAGCCCAGUAUCUUUCUGAAGUGAAAUAGGAAUUCUUGUUGUUACCUGUGGUGGUAGAAGUCUGAAGACCUGGACAAAUGGAAUCCAAAUUGUCUGCAUGGAUAGAUGCCACUAGGGAGAAGAGAAAUGUGUUUGCUUUGGUGAUUUAUGUGAACUACAUGUGUAGUUCAAACAAAUGCAAAAUUCAGAUGCAAUCUUUUUAAAGGACAUGACACGUCUGUGAUUCUUAUCUUUAGAAAGUCUUGAGUUCUUCAGAUGGUAUUUUGUAGUUUCCUUUAGUCAGUUGAUGUUUGCUCGUGAAUCAAGAAGAGAAUCAGUGAGCCUGUGUCGAAUCCUCAGUGCCUCAAUCAGUCCACAGUGACAUAUCUCCACUUUGCCUUCUUUCAACAUGGACAGUAGCUUCCGUAGUGAGCAGACAUGCCUUAUUGUUCAUGUCAUAGCAGCUGUUGUUUCAAAUCAAUGUGGAAAAUAUGAAAGAAAAUAAUGAACAGAUACAUUUUACAUCUAUAUUUCUUUAUACACUGUUAACCAGUACAGUAACAUCCACUAACAUCCCAUCGCACUUGUAAAUGAUUCAUGAUUCCAACAUUUCCAAAAACAUGCUGGAAUGAUGAACAGACAUGGAAUCAAACAUGGAGUCUUAGCUUUGAAUAUUGGCCUUGACUUCAGUGAAGUGUUGGAACAAGCAGAUACUAAAUACAUAGAUGACAAUAAGAGGACCAUCACAUGGAAAGCUGGUGUUCAGAUAAUUUUGUUGACAGCAAAAUAACAAACUACAGUAAGCACUGAUGCAUUGCGUCAACACGUCAGCAGCAGCUAUGUUACAUUUAGAUCAUCUGAAUGUGGUAGUGUUGCAUUGAAUAGUUACUGCAGCUGUUGUUGCUCAUGACGUUGCUUAGUUUUGGGUUAGUUUGUGACCUCAGCAGAUCUUAGGUCACCCUGCUCACAUAGCAUUCUCUACACAAACCUCAGGAGAAAGGCCCAUAGUACCUGAGCAGCAUGUUGUGAUUCUGGGCUGGCUGUAAAUUGUCUGUGAGAUCACAGAGCUCCAUGUGAAGAUGCACCCUGCUGCUGGGAACUAAAAUCACAUCUUUCCACUAAGGUUUACGUAGCGAACCCCAAAUCAUGGAGUAGCACACAGGAUACUGAGAUCACAAAUGUGUUCUCCGGCUGUUGCUAGCUAUAGGCUAUAGACUGUAGUCUGAUACAAUGAACAGCAUUCGAGCAAUCACUCACCUGCAGUGCAGGGCUGGGUAUCGACUGAAAUGUGUGUUUAACACUGAAUACCAAAGUCUAGUGAAAGAUUCAUCCUGUUGUCUUACUCUUUGACCUGAGUUCAAUCACAAUCUGAAUAAAAGCUGAGGGACAACACAUACCUAUCCAAGGUAAUAAAGGGAAAGCAGCACACUCAUAACACAGUUUGGACACACUGCCUUCUUCAGACAAUAUUGGUUACUUUUUACUACUUAUCAGUUAUUACUGUAUUUUACAACUGUUUGUUUAAAUUCAGUUAAUUUUAUUUCUACAGCGCCAAAUCAUAACAGGAGUUAUCUCAUGACACUUUCCAUACAGAGCAGGUCUAGACCGUACUCUUUAGAAUAUUAUUUACAGAGACCCAACAGCAAACCCUUAGUGACAGCGACAAGGUAAAACUUCCUUUAAAAUGUUUGUACAACACUUCAGAUUGAUCUUGUGAUCAAAGUGCCAUAAGGGAAUAAACUCUAUAAGAACCAUCCAUCCACAGCAAACCCAAUUCUUUGUUGAAGGUUGUGAGAUUCUGUUUAAAGGGCUGUACAAAGUCUAGUAAGAGGACCUUCAGUUGAGUUUAUUUUGUUAAACUACUGUUCCUGAGGUCAAGAGUGAACUAACAUGCUCAAUCUUUUGAGUACUGUUGCUUCUUUUGAAAAAUGAAAACAAUGUUUCAGUAUCAGUAUCAGAACUCUGGUAUCAUAUUGACACAUAUUAAAAAUUUCAGUCAAUAAUCAGCCCUACAGCAGCUGAUGUUAGCUGAGCUAUGAUUUCAUAAAAUAAACAUGAACAGACACUUUUUAGAGACAUUGGACUGCACACAAUGUGGCAAAAUCUGAACUUUACAACCUGAUUUGAACUUUUCUUCUUUUUUUUUUCUUUCCCAAAUUCCACCAUUUCCCUUCGACCACAGCAGUUAACAGAUGGUGCAUCUUAGUUCCAUGAAAUGUUUGAUGGAUAUAUAACCCAAUAGUGUUAUCAUUUACCUCACAUACUCAUCGUGUUUUUGUGCUCUGAGAUUCAAAAAUGAUGAUGAUGAACUAGAAGUGUUAAGUCCCCCUGUUCCCUCCUGAGUGACAGGACUUGAUGAGACAAUAUUUUUCUGGGCUGUGUGAAAUGUAGAGUUGAAUGUGUAAUGUUUCAAAGCAUUUAUGGAAGUUUGCUAUUUGUGUCUUGUGAAGGUUUGUGGUUUUACAAGAGAUGUUAGCAAGCCGCUAUUUUUUUUUCAUAGCACUUUUUGUAAAUUGAAUGCCUUUAUUUCCAAUACCUUUUUGUUUAAAACCUUUAUUACAUAUGUAUAGAUGAUAUAUUUAGCUCUUUUAGAGAACAAUAACAUGUAAAUACAAUAUAAAAUGUUUUAUUUUUACAGGUACAAUUUUGAAAGUGUUUUUCCUAUCAAAGUGUCAUUUUUGCUUUACUUGCACAAGUGUUCUGUGUAUCUCAUUGAGGGGUCUUUUAACAAAUAAUGUACCUUGAACACAGAUGUUUGUAGGCCUUCCUGAAGGCCUUCUUUGACUAUUCAACCGCUGGUUUAGGUGAGAGCACAAGCAAUAAUGAAGCUUAAAUGGACGAUUAGAUAGCACUUAAUUAUAUCAUCUUGUCAUGGGUUGUUUAAUUAGCUGUUAAAAAGAAAACAAGAUAUAUGUUCUAUAACUCCCAGGAUGAUGUUGUCCUCCUCGAUCAUCCUUUGACCUCAGUGUGACAUAUUAUGAAAAAGCAUUACUUGAUUUCUUAGUGGUUUCUGUCUGAAAGCUGUUGCAUGAACACAACUUUCCCAAUCAGCUAACUGCAGUUUCAACUUGAUGUAUAGUUCAUAUAGACUGUGUGGCAGAAUCCAGGGAUUUAAUGUGGGGACAAUAAAAGCAACAAACUGUGGAUCAAAGUUGAAAGGAAAAAAAAAAUCUCUACACAUGAGAGAAAGUAGAUCCAGAUUUUGAGUCUGGUAUCAGAUCAAGUUUCUAAUUCUGAAGCUAAUCUAAAUUGUCCUGGGAAACAAAUAGGAAAGCAGAGAGUUGUGUGAUGACCAGGAGAUGCUCUUCAGUGAGAGGCACAGACCUUUAGCAAUUCAUGUCAAACUUCUUUAUAAGCUUCAGUGGUACCAGUGAACUUUAUUGAAUGUGUAUGUAAGAAACACUGCAAUACUGCAAUAUAUUUUGGUAUUGGAUCAAGCUGCUAACCUACUUCUAAAGCUCCUCAAGGUGCUACAGACCUCUUUUCUAGUUCUUAAAUGUAUCGUUUGUACAAACAAAGUAUCCAGUUUAGCUGAACAGUUGGUAGUGUGCCUGGUUGUACUAUACAGUAUAGCUACAUAUAUUUUUAUUGUACUGUGACUUUUGUAGUCUUUUGACAGACUUGCCCGUAAUAUCACAUGCCCCCCCACCCCUUCCCCACCUGUGUGUUGUGAUAUUGGGAAACUGAGUCAUUGUGGGUGAAGUCACUCAGCAGAGAUGAAGACAUCAGCGCUGACACUGAGAAACACGACUCCACGUGACGCCAUUCAGAACGAGCUGAGGAAGUUCAGAGAUGAACUGCAUUCCAGCCAUGUUGGUUUUGUUAUUUACACCAUCUUGUGACAAUGAUGGACUCAAUGCUAAUUCUCAAUAUUCUACUUCAAAUCUAUUUUACAAACUACUGUUAUAUUUUUAUAAAUAUAGGCAAAGUAAUUCACAUAAACAUAUAUAUAUAUAUAAGUAAAUAUAUGUAUAUGUUUAUAGGUUGUUUAAAAUAAAAAUUAAUGCUGCAGCUUUUAUCUGUUGUUCUUUAAACAUUGACAUCAUCCAAAGAGGCAGAUUAUUUAUUGUCUGGCAAAAUAACCUGAUCUGAUUUACAUACCUUGCUGCUAUGAGAGAGAAGAGCUGCAGUCGUCAACUCCAGUGUUUUUACACAAUGUAAUGAAAGUUCAAUAAACAUGAGAAGGAUCCAA